AAGCACUUCCGGGAUAGAUCUUUCGUGGCGUGGAGGCCAAUCUCACACCCUCCCACCCCCGCCAACGUGUGCGGCAACCUAGUUCUAUACUGACUGAGAUCCGGCUGGAGACCAAGUCGCACGAGAGAAUGGUUCCUAGGCGCAUCAGUUUUCCUGUAAAAGGGCUUAUAUUCCACGUCCCAGUGCAAUACAUAGAACAUAACCUUUAAAAGCAGCUCUUUUUAUAUUAUCUUUAAGUUCUUACUGCUUUAUAUAUUAAUCUGAACCUAAUCAGUGAUUUUCCCAGGAGCGCUAUACUUUUAAGUAAAAAAUGAAAAUACCUGUAUGAACUAGUAUCGACUAGUAUAUACAUUUGCGGAGAAUUACGUAAUCAGGCCAAAAACCAGCGUGCCAAAGCGUUUCCCCAGGGCUCUCUCCGGACUCUCAAGCCCUGCAUAAAGGAGUCUGUCUGAGCCCAAUCUACUUCCGGUGGGGAAGGGAAAGGGAAGACACCACCGGAAGCAAGGAAGGUGCUGUGUAAUCAUUAAGGAGCGGAGGCUUUUGGAGCUGCUAAAAUGCCGGAUUACCUCGGUGCCGAUCAGCGGAAGACCAAAGAGGAUGAGAAGGACGACAAGCCCAUCCGAGCUCUGGAUGAGGGGGAUAUUGCCUUGUUGAAAACUUAUGGUCAGAGCACUUACUCUAGGCAGAUCAAGCAAGUUGAAGAUGACAUUCAGCAACUUCUCAAGAAAAUUAAUGAGCUCACUGGUAUUAAAGAAUCUGACACUGGCCUGGCCCCACCAGCACUCUGGGAUUUGGCUGCAGAUAAGCAGACACUCCAGAGUGAACAGCCUUUACAGGUUGCCAGGUGUACAAAGAUAAUCAAUGCUGAUUCGGAGGACCCAAAAUACAUUAUCAAUGUAAAGCAGUUUGCCAAGUUUGUGGUGGACCUUAGUGAUCAGGUGGCACCUACUGACAUUGAAGAAGGGAUGAGAGUGGGUGUGGAUAGAAAUAAAUAUCAAAUUCACAUUCCAUUGCCUCCUAAGAUUGACCCAACAGUUACCAUGAUGCAGGUGGAAGAGAAACCUGAUGUCACAUACAGUGAUGUUGGUGGCUGUAAGGAACAGAUUGAGAAACUGCGAGAAGUAGUUGAAACCCCAUUACUUCAUCCAGAGAGGUUUGUGAACCUUGGCAUUGAGCCUCCCAAGGGCGUGCUGCUCUUUGGUCCACCCGGUACAGGCAAGACACUCUGUGCACGGGCAGUUGCUAAUCGGACUGAUGCGUGCUUCAUUCGAGUUAUUGGAUCUGAGCUUGUACAGAAAUACGUCGGUGAGGGGGCUCGAAUGGUUCGUGAACUCUUUGAAAUGGCCAGAACAAAAAAAGCCUGCCUUAUCUUCUUUGAUGAAAUUGAUGCUAUUGGAGGGGCUCGUUUUGAUGAUGGUGCUGGAGGUGACAAUGAAGUGCAGAGAACAAUGUUGGAACUGAUCAAUCAGCUUGAUGGUUUUGAUCCUCGAGGCAAUAUUAAAGUGCUGAUGGCCACUAACAGACCUGAUACUUUGGAUCCAGCACUGAUGAGGCCAGGGAGAUUGGAUAGAAAAAUUGAAUUUAGCUUGCCCGAUCUAGAGGGUCGGACCCACAUAUUUAAGAUUCACGCUCGUUCAAUGAGUGUUGAAAGAGAUAUCAGAUUUGAAUUGUUAGCACGACUGUGUCCAAAUAGCACUGGUGCUGAGAUUAGAAGUGUCUGCACAGAGGCUGGUAUGUUUGCCAUCAGAGCACGGCGAAAAAUCGCUACCGAGAAGGAUUUCUUGGAAGCUGUAAAUAAGGUCAUUAAGUCUUAUGCCAAAUUCAGUGCUACUCCUCGUUACAUGACAUACAACUGAACCCUGAAGGCUUUCAAGUGAAAACUUCAAAUUGGAAUCCUAACCUUAUAUAGACUUGUUAAUAACCACUUCAUAAACAAAUAAAUGGCUUCAAAAUUGUA